AUGAUUAAUGAUUUUUUAAAUCCUAUUAAAGAAAAAGAAAUUGAAGAACCUGUAGAUGAAGAAAUGAUUAUUAAAUUAGUUCAAGAAGAAGAUGACACAAAUCAAAGUGAAGAAGAAGAAGAUAUAAACGAAUCAUCUGUUAUUUCUAUUACGGAAGGAUUAGAGGCUUUAGAAAAAUCUCCAUCAGAAGGCGAAGAGAGAAUGAUCAAUACGAGACCUGAGUGA